CGAGCGCGUCAGAGCGACACGACCGGGAAGCUGGGCUUCGAGGAGUUCAAGUAUUUGUGGGGGAACAUCAAGAAAUGGCAGUGUGUCUACAAACAGUACGACACGGACCGAUCCGGCACCAUCGGGAGCAGCGAGCUGCCAGGCGCCUUCGAGGCGGCGGGCUUCCGGCUGAACGAGCAGCUGUACCAGAUGAUCGUGCGCAGGUACUCAGACGAGAACGGCCACAUGGACUUCGACAACUUCAUCAGCUGCCUGGUUCGCUUGGACGCCAUGUUUCGUGUAUACAGCACCUGGCACAAUGGCGGCCUGGUCCAUGACACGGGCUCCUAG